AUGUCGUCAAAUAUGAAAUAUCCAUUGUUUAGCAAAAACGUGCACAUUGCAAAUUACAGAGAUUACAGACCAACUUAUUCAGCACAAUUGUACGAUCAUAUUAUUCAAUAUUAUUUUAACACAAGUAAUCCGUCUCAAGAAAAAGUCCCGUUAGCUCUCGAUAUUGGCUGUGGUAGUGGUCAAGCAACGGUUGAUUUGAGCAGAUAUUGUGACAAAGUCAUUGGUAUCGAUGGUAGUCAAAAUCAGCUUGCAAAUCCGAUGCAGAAAGACAAUAUCGACUAUCAAUGCCGUAAUGCCGAAGAUUUGACUUUUCUUUCUCCGAAUUCUGUUGAUCUCAUCACCGUCGCCACAGCUCUUCAUUGGUUUAAUAUUGAGAAAUUUUUUAUACAAGUCGAUCGUGUUUUACGUCCUAAUGGCGGUGUUCUGUGUAUUUGGUUUUAUAAUAAUUUCAACACAUUUGACAAUGAGGAGGCUCAGAAUGUAGAGCAAGAAUUUUAUCUUCACCUUCUGGAUAAUACUGGCUGGAGCGAUGAACUAAAAAAGCUCCAUUAUAAUUACGAUUUGAUAAUGCACUUAUUUCCAUACGAACGUACGCGCGUGAAACAUGUGGUUAAUUGUGAGAAGGAAAUGUCCAUAAAACAAUAUAUGAAACUGGUUGAAACAUGGAGUGCAUGCCAGUUGUUCAAAGAGCGAAAUGGCGAAAAAGAAUGUAACCACCUUUUGCAACAAUUCGCCAAUAAACUUGUUUAUUGUUACAAAUCAUCUAAUAACAAAGAUGAUAACGAUCUUUAUGAAACAAAAAUGUUGAUUUGUUGGCCAGUAACGUUAUAUUUAAUGAAAAAAAUAUAA